CACAGACCUGCUUGUUCAUCAGGUUCCAGGGUAUUUGAAUAACAAAAAACAUUAUCAGCCUAUAAAGUAUAAAAGCCGGCAGUCAGACAGAUAGUAGCUGGACAGAAUCUCACGAAGACUAGCAAACAUGGGCAAGAUCAUUUUUUACGAGGACAGGAACUUCCAGGGUCGCUCUUAUGAGUGCAGCAGUGACUGCUCUGACAUGUCUACCUACCUCAGCCGCUGCAACUCCUGCAGAGUGGAGAGCGGCUGCUUCGUGGUCUAUGACCGUCCUAACUUCAUGGGAAACCAGUUCUUCAUGAGGAGGGGCGAGUACGCUGAUUACAUGCGCAUGGGAAUGAGUGAUGGCAUCAGGUCUUGCCGCAUGGUUCCUCAGUACAGAGGACCCUAUAGAAUGAGGAUCUAUGAGAGGGAGAACUUUGGAGGUCAGAUGUACGAGCUGACAGAUGACUGUGAUUCCUUCAUGGACCGUUUCCACAUGUCCGACUGCCAGUCCUGCCAUGUGAUGGAUGGUCACUGGCUCAUGUAUGAGCAGCCCCAUUUCAGAGGCAGGAUGAUCUACUUUAGGCCCGGAGAGUAUAGAAGCUUCAGGGAUAUGGGAUACAGCAACGCCAGAUUCAGCUCUGUUAGAAAAAUCAUGGACUUGUGUUAAAUUCACAGUCUGGAAACAUAAAUAAAAUGAGCAUUUAAAAAAUAAACACCUUGCAAGCA